AAUCUUUAAAUGUAGCAUUUUGUCUAAAGCAUAUCCAAUUUCAAAGCCCACAUCAGCACACUGUUUCUUCUUCAUGAAACCAUCCUCAAUGCCCCUUGAUUAUUUUCUCCUCAACCACACACUAUAAAAUCCCCACAAACAAACAUCUUCAUACUUGUAUCAUCACAAUGAGCAACAAUCCAACGCCAAUCGCUAACUCAGACUCCGUUUCCUCCGACGACCACCACAUUGGAUCCUCCUCCCAACGCACUCCACCACCGCCUCUACCACCACCACCACCACCACCACCAACCGCCUCCACCAAUCAACAUGUCACAAACCCAUCUUCAAGUAAGCCACGUGGCAGACCCAUAGGUUCCAAGAACAAGCCAAAGCCCAUCCCUCUGCCAGUGCCCCUACCAACUGAGCCCUCCGUAAAGGUUGUGGUUGUCACUGUGGAUCCAAACAGGGACAUCAUGGAGUGCAUCCUUGAUAUUGCUCACCAAGACCAUGUCAGCCUCUCCAUCGUCAGUGCCAUCGGCAUGAUCAAUAGCGUAACCCUUCGCAACUCAACCCAUGGAGCCCCAUCCCUCGUGCUCCAUGGCCCAUUCAAAUUACUCUCCCUCACUGGCUCCUACUUAUACAGAAACGAAUACACCCUUCACCUUGGAGCCACUCCUCCCCGUCCCUUAUCCUUUGGAAUCAACUUCUCCGCCUCUAACGGCGAAAUCUUUACCGGCAUUAUCGCCGCCAGAGUCGUCGCCGGCGAGGGCGUCAGCUUGACAGUUUCCACCUUCAAGAGUCCUGAUAUUUUAAAGUACGCUGCUGAAAGUAAAGAAGGGGAUGACAAUAACAGCGACAAUGAUAACAACAACCCUAAUGAUCUUACAGAGGGUGGCGACGACCAACGUUCAAUAUAAUCAGUUGUAGAGCUCGAGGGUGAUGAAUGAUGUGAAAGUGAGUACAGGGAAACAACGACACAACAAAUAAC